AUGUUCCGACGUAGAUUUCGUAUGCAUCGUCCUCUUUUCUUUCGAAUUGUGGACGCAGUCGCUGCGCAAGACCAAUACUUUCAACAACGACCAUACGCAACUGGGAAGCUAGGUGCCUCCACUCUUCAGAAAUGCACAGCAGCAUUGAGGUGUCUAGCAUAUGGAUCAGCAUCUGACGCAGUCGACGAGUACAUCAAAAUUGCUGAAUCAACUGCAAAGGAGUGCCUUGUGCACUUUGUGCAAGGAAUUCGAAAAGCUUUUACGACCGAGUACUUAAGGAGGCCUACAGUAACCGACUUGCAACGCCUCUGA